AAUGCCUCAUCAAUGGCUUGAAGGAAAUUUACCAGUCAGCGCCAAGUGUCUAGUUUGUGACAAACCUUGUGGUAGCGUCUUAAGGCUACAGGAUUGUAAAUGUAUCUGGUGUAAAGCUACUGUUCAUACAAAUUGUAAAGGAAAAUUGGAUAAAGUGUGCAGUAUGGGACCUUGUAGUCGUCUUAUUCUACCACCUACAAAUAUAUCAGCCGUCGAUUUGGAUGAGAUGUGCAAAGCGAGAAGCUCACCGAGAUUGGUAGAACCUCUUCUUGUAUUCGUUAAUUCGAAGAGUGGUGAUAAUCAGGGAGUCAAAAUGUAUAGGAAAUUCAAGCGUAUUUUGAAUCCAGCUCAAGUUUUUGAUUUGAUCCGAUCAGGACCACAUUGCGGCCUAAGACUCUUUCAAGAUCUGCCUCAUUUCCGAAUUCUAGUCUGCGGAGGAGACGGUUCAAUUGGCUGGGUUCUAAGAGAAAUAGAUAAAAAGGAUUUGAUAAACAAGUGUCAAGUCGGUGUUCUACCAUUAGGCACUGGUAAUGAUUUGGCUAGGGUCCUAGGUUGGGGAUCGGCUUUUGAUGAUGAAGCUCAACUAGCUGCCUUUUUAGAGAAAUUAGAUCACGCCCAAAUAAAGAUGCUCGAUCGAUGGAGUAUUCUAACGUACGAGGGUUUAAUGCCUGAUCCGAGAAAAGAUUCCCUAACAGAUGACGCAAUAACUUUGUAUGAAGAUUCCGUCGCAGCUCAUCUGACAAAAAUUGUCCAAUCAGAUAAUCAUAAAACUGUAAUAAUGUCGGCCAAGGUCUUGUGCGCUACGGUCAAGGAUUUUGUGGAAAGGAUAGCUGAAAUUGAGGAAGAGGAAGAAGAGUCCUCUUCAAAGUGUGCUGCGCUUCAAGAGAAACUCGAUUCUUUAUUGAAUACUCUUGAGGCGGAGAGUCGUGAGGUUAAGAGGGAAAAAGAGGACCUUAUGGAGAAAGAGGAAGAAGUAAAGAGAAAAAAACUAAUGAGUAGGGCGAAUAGUCUAAAGAAAGCAGUUCGCGAACUUAUCGAACAUGCCGAAAAACGUGAGCUAUAUUUUCAUUCUAAAAUAAUAGCGGAUAUCUUUGAAAAUAACGGAAUUAAUUGCAAAUUAAACAUUUGCGCUUAGCUCUUCUUUUCUCCUAACCUUCUACUAUCUCUCCCUCGCUACGCGCCCCUGCGCGUGUAUGUAUGAGACUGUGUGUGUGUGUGUGUGUGUGCAUGUACGUAUGCGAACGUGAGAGUAUCUGUAUAAAGCCCAUCUAUCUAUCUCUCUCUCUCUUUAUUCUCAUUUCUUCCCACGCUCUUUUCUCCUUUCAAAAUCUUAUUUAGUGAUGGCAAAUUGGGUAGAUAACUCAUUAAUACCUUAUAUUACUUUAAAAGGAAAGAUUUUAUACAGUAGCGCCAUCUUUGAGUAACGUAAACUAAACCGACUUUGCAAUAGAAAAACAAAAAUAAGCAGUAAGAAUAAUUUAAAUAAUUUAGCAAAUACUAAGAAUCAAGUGCCUAGAUGAUAUCCAGGCAAUUUUCAUCUUGUAUAUAAACAAAUAAUAUCUAAAUGAGACUAUAUUUCACAUAUAAUGGGGA